AUGGAUUCCCCGUUUGUGUCGUCCCUUUUCAGAUCUCUGUUCCACCGCAGAGCUCACCUGCGGCUUCGCGCUAGCCUCAAUGGCUAUGCUCAGCGGCGAAACCUUAUGGGGUUUAAACUCCCUGUUGCGCCAGACAGUGACAAGAAUACAUGGCAGCCGCGAAGCACAUUUCUCCAGCGGGACCGCUCAGAUGAAUAUGAGCGAUACCCUAUGGUGACCGCGCAGCAAUUGGCAACCCGUACGGAAAGGCCCAAGAGGGUGAAAAUGCUUGUGCGGGACUUUAUCGACGACAGCUUAUACAAUCCCAACUACGGUUACUUCUCCAAAUACGCCGUCAUCUUCUCCACCCCGCACGCCUUCAACUUCCCCGCCCUCAUUGACGAAUCCGAUUUCCAACGCAAUCUCGGGGAGGCCUACACGGCCUUCGAGGACGCACUCGAUGCUAAGCACCCCUCCGACAUCCGCCAGCUCUGGCACACACCCACAGAGCUCUUCAAGCCCUACUAUGGCGAAGCCAUCUCGCGGUACCUUGUCGAGAACUACAAACUGUCGCUCUUCCCCUAUCACGACCUCAUCAUCUACGAGAUGGGCGCCGGGAAUGGUACCAUGAUGGGUAACAUCCUGGACCACAUCCGCAAUACGGAUCCCGACGUCUAUGCACGUACAAAAUACCGAAUCAUUGAGAUUUCGCCGUCUCUUGCGGAACUGCAGCGUAUACAAGCAUCUCAAGGUCCACACGCGGACAAGAUUGAGAUCGUGAACAAGAGCAUAUUUGACUGGGAUACUUACGUUCCUGAUCCCUGCUUCUUCCUCGCGCUCGAGGUGUUCGACAAUUUCUCGCACGACAUGAUCCGUUACGACCCUGAGACGGAGCGGGCCCUGCAAGGUGUCGUAAUGAUUGACAAGCAAGGGGACUUCCAUGAAUUCUACACGCCCCAUCUAGACCCGGUAGCAGAGAGGUUUUUAAAGAUCCGAUCCCGCGUUGCAAGGCCGGGAUUCCAACAUCCUCUACGGACCCCAAAGAUCCUAAGAAAGCUGAGAGAGGCACUGCCGUUCACGCCGAACCUAAGCAAACCUGAAUUUAUCCCAACGAAGAUGAUGGGCUUUUUCGACGUGCUGAGGGAGAACUUCCCCGCCCAUAAGCUGCUCAUGAGCGACUUCCACGCUCUACCAGAUGCAAUAGAGGGCGUAAAUGCCCCCGUAGUGCAAACUAGAUAUAAACGGACUAGUAUUCCUGUUUCGACGCCUUUUGUGCAGCAAGGCCUCUUUGAUAUUCUCUUCCCCACAGACUUUGACGUGAUGGAUGACAUGUACAAAGCACUAACUGGCCGCCUCACCAGAGUCAUGAAGCACGAGGAGUUCCUAAAGAGCUGGGCUUUCCUGGAAGAAACGGAGACGCAGAGUGGCGAUAACCCGAUGCUCAACUGGUACAAGAACGCCUCUGUGAUGAGCUCUGUUUAG